AUGGCACGACCGUUCCUCCGGUGCAAUGCGUGCUGGCAUACGCUGCUCGAUGCUUUUGCAUCCUUCGCUGGCAUCUCACUUCGUGCUCCGGUGCGGCGAACGUUACCCACCCGGACCUCAUAUAGAACCUCGAUCCCUAUAACACGACAGCUACACAACUCCAUACGGAGGCAUCAAAACACAGAAGCACAACACAGCACACCACCAGACGAGCGAACAUCCCCAGAAACCACCGAUACCGCUCCCGCACCUGAACCACCUUCGUCCGGCACCAGCGACCCCGUCCCGUGGUACCUGAACCUCCCAGACCCCCUCCCACCACUCCCACCGACCACGUCCCUACUCUCCCCACUCCUCGCCCGCCAAACACUCCCUCCGCUCCCCAACUCUCCUCCGCCAAUCCUUUCUCCAAUGCUCUCCCACCUCUCAAUCGCCAUCGGCCUCGACAACCUCUCCGUCCUUGACCUACGCUCCCUCAACCCGCCACCCGCCCUCGGCGCCAACCUGAUCAUGAUCAUCGGCACCGCGCGCAGCGUCAAACACCUCAACGUCUCCGCCGAUCGGUUUUGUCGGUGGCUGAGGUCAGAGUACAAAUUGCGGCCGUAUGCGGACGGCUUGCUGGGGCGAAAUGAGUUGAAGAUUCGGCUGCGGAGGAAGGCAAGACGGAUGAGAUUGGCUAGGACGGCGGGCAGACUAGAUGCGGAAGACUCCCCAGCUGGUGGGGAUGGCAUCACGACUGGAUGGGUCUGCGUGAACGUUGGGGAUGUGAGCGAUGUGGUCGUGCCAGCAGUAGGCCAGAGCGAUGCGGCAUCUGAAGCAGCUACGGACCCGGCUAAUGACACUGAAGACAGCUUUCGCGAACGCUCAGAAACAGUAGAAGAAGAGGAAGAAGAGUACCAGAAUCCCACCGAAGACGAAAUCUCCACCACCAAAAACCCAACAUCAUUCGGCCUGAACACCCUCUCCCCAACCUCCGCUCGCAUCGUCGUGCAGAUGUUCACCGAAGAUAAGCGCGUCGAGAUGGACUUGGAGACGCUGUAUACGAACCGCGAGUCGAAGAUGCAGAAACAUGAGGAUCGCGCGGACAAGGAUAUCGCCCGGGAGCAGGCAGAGCGUGGCGUCGGUAGCGAUGCAGAGGAGAUCGAUUGGUUUGAGGACGAGGACGAGCAGGUGGCAGAGAAAUUGGCGCGACAACAACAGCAGCAGCCACAAACGUCGAAGGAGAAGCAGCCGAGCUGGAACCCGUUGUUUUCCUGA